AUGGAACUUUUAGCCACCAUCGCACCAUCAACUUCACCAAUCAAUGAAAAUAUGUUUAGUAUCGUUGAAACAACGCAAAUUUGUAUUUGGUGUUUUACAGUGCCUUUUUAUGUGUUUAUCACCAUUUUUAUGGUGGAUGCACAAAGAAAAAGAGCCAGCGAGUUGACAACUCCAUUUUUCAAACUUUGUAUAUCAACGGCGGUCAUUGAUUUACGUUAGUUUUGGGUGAAAGAAGAAAAUAGAAAAAAAUUGGAAAAAAAGAACUAAUAAUUUUUAAAAAUAAACGUUCGCGGGAAACAAUCGUGGCGAGACGUAUUGUUGUUUCAUUGUGUGCCUUACUGUAUUACUGUAGUUUUUCUUUUUUUUUCACAAAAAUUCGUUUUUUUUCACCCGGAUCCGCGCGGAGUUGGGGAGUCUGUGAGAUGAGUUAUUCGGAGAACUUUCAAAAAAUAAUUUCAGUUAUCUUGUUCACCAAUUAUUUUGGUGUAAUGUUCCCAAAACGUGGUUAUUUCACAAAUAUUUAUAUAUUUUUGGAUGAUAUUUAUUCACAUACAUAUUUAUAUAUAGCUUGGUCAACUGGAAUAUGUCAAGCGAUGUCAGUUUCAGUUUUAGCAACAAAUCGAUUAUCCGCCAUGAUUUUUCCAAAUAAAUAUCAAAAAAUGUGGCGAAGACUUUGGCUUCCUAUUUUGAUUCAAUUUUUGCCAGGAUGUUUGAUGGGUGUUCUAACUUUUUUCAAUGAAACUCAAUUAUUUUUGAAUAGUAAAGGAGGAAUUGUCCCAAAGUUUUUGAAGUUAGCGAAACUUUUAUUUUCAAAAAGAUUUCCCAAAUUUUCCAGCACAAAAAUGACAAAUGUAUAUUUCCUAAUUGGUGCUGGUUUUCUUUUCCUAAAUUGUGUUUAUCUAAUUUUUGCAUACAUGUAUUUAUUUUAUAUUCUGAGAAAACGAAACAAUUUACAAAUUUCGAAAAAAGUUUCAACAAAUCAGAAAGAUUUGGUUAAAAGAAGAGAACGAAAAUUAUUUAUAAUGAGUUCGAUUAUUGGUGAGUUUUGAGGGAAAUCCGCAAGUAAAAUGCAUAAAUCUUGAGAUUUUUAGUCGGUGUUCAACUAACUGUUUUGAUAUUUUUCGCCAUGAAAUUAUUUUCGUGGUUCAAUUUAACAAUUGAUGAAUUUUAUUUAUUCUACAAUGCUUUGAGGUAUUUUUGAUAAAUCGAAGACGUUUCCAAAAAUAUAUUUUCAACAUUUUCAGUGAUUUAUUCGCAAGUAUAAAUCCAUAUUUAUUGUGGAUAUUCUCAGAUUCUUUGCGAAAAUAUAUUUAUAAAAGAUUGGGAAUUUUUCGGGGAAAAAUUUCAGCCACAACUACAAAUAUUACGGUUUCAAAAGCAAGUUGA